GUGGGUCUGCGGGCUAAGGGAGAAGAUGGCGGCGCUGGGGGAACCUGUGCGGCUGGGGCGGGAUAUUUGUAGAGCAAUUGAGUUGUUGGAAAAACUACAGCGAAGUGGAGAGGUACCACCUCAGAAACUUCAGGCUUUACAGAGAGUCCUUCAGAGUGAGUUCUGCAAUGCUGUGAGAGAGGUCUAUGAACACGUCUAUGAGACUGUGGACAUCAGCAGCAGCCCCGAAGUCAGAGCUAAUGCGACCGCAAAGGCUACUGUGGCUGCAUUUGCUGCCAGUGAAGGACAUUCCCAUCCUCGAGUCGUUGAGCUGCCAAAAACAGAAGAGGGCCUCGGGUUCAAUAUUAUGGGAGGCAAAGAGCAGAACUCACCAAUCUACAUAUCUCGGAUAAUUCCAGGCGGAAUUGCUGAUAGGCAUGGGGGCCUCAAACGAGGAGAUCAGCUGCUUUCUGUUAAUGGAGUAAGUGUUGAAGGAGAGCAUCAUGAAAAAGCUGUAGAACUACUGAAGGCCGCGCAAGGGAAGGUUAAGUUAGUAGUACGGUACACACCCAAAGUCUUAGAAGAAAUGGAGUCACGCUUUGAAAAAAUGAGAUCAGCCAAGCGCAGGCAACAGACUUAACGCAGUUCAAAACCUGAUACCCCACUCUGCUUUUCAGCUAGAGAAGUCUCACCUGUGACCUGCUGAUGGCCGCAGAGCCGCUGAUUGUAAAACAGAAACUCCCCACGAGAUCCUCUUUGCCAUUUUGUGAAUGCCUGUUUUAACAUCAUUUACGGUUCCUGAGAUGCAUACAUUUUUCUGACAAGAAAAAGUAAAAGGUGAUGAGGGCAAUUCUGUCCUACUGUUUUUACAGGCCUUUUUCAAAUGCAGAUUUUGUCAUAAAGUUGUUAUAGAUUUUUAAAACUGCUUUUUUAAUAUUAAAAAACUUUUACAUUCUUACUCUUUUUUUAGAAAAGAAAAGUUUUCUUCAUUUGGCUACUUAUUUAAAAGUAACAGUUCUUCAGUUCUUUUUUUGUUUAUUUUUUUUUAACCUGUGAUAUUUUUUUCCAAGAAGUUGAGCAUAACAGUCCCGCCCACCACAUUUCAUGCAGUCAGUGUUAAUGACACUGCUGCGUUUUGUACUUUGAACAUACAUGUCAUGUAUGUAAUCAGUGGGAAAUCAGAACUCAGUAGUGGAAGUUUUUUACUUUUAUUUAAACAUAAUGUACAGUGGAUAUUCAUUUAUACUGAUUUAGAAAAGCAAGUUUUUAAACACUGAAACAAUCAUUGCUAAAAUGCAUACGCUCAUGCUAUUUGAGCAGUGAGGCAGGAGGAUGUAAUUGGAUUGUUAGCAUAACCGAUUGCAUCCCUUUCUAUUUAUAGCCAACAGUGUCAAAUGUUAAAUGCAAAACAGGUUCAGAUGUCACCCUGUACAAAUUUUCUAAUGGAAUUAACUUUUAUUUAUAUUUCCGAAUAUUUUGGUCCUUCCAUUCUAGAGAUAAACCCCGUAGUUUGUGGCAGGAAAUAGAAGCAAAGAAGAAAAAGCGAUACCUUAACCUCACUGUCCUCAACAGUCACUCAUUCUUACUUGCUCACUUUAAAGAGUUGAUUUUAAAUGGGAAGAGGAGAAAAGGAUAUAUUUAAGAUGUGUAGAAGUCACGAGGUAAUGUAUUCAUAGAAUCUUCAGACUGUCAAAAUGAGUGGGAACUCAUGUGAAAAUAGUUGUGUGUAGAGAUGCAAUCUUUGUAGUUCAGCUCUAUUAGGAAUUUUGAGAGACUUGAUUUAAUUUGUCCACUGGGUGUCACUGUUGUGCUGAAAGGCAGCUACCAGCGUAUGACUGACAGGUCUUCUUACAGCCUGAAAUUGAAGAGUUGAUUAUUUUCAGUCACAGUGUGUAAGAUCCUAAAAUAUUUUAAAUGAUGGAUGCUAAAGAAUAAGAUAAUGAGUUGACACUUAUAAGGAAUUGGCAUAAUUAUCAACCUUGUAUAAAAAGUGGGCAUUUUGUGACAUUCCUUCAGCUAGAAUAGAAAUGUAUGCCCUUUUCUGCAUGUCUGUGAGCACUGAGUCUUAGAAGAUUAUUCCAGUUUUCAAUGAUUUUUUUUUUUCCAGAAUAAAAGUAGUACAAGUCAAUCAGCGUUGCUAAUUUAUGUAGGUGUUGAGCACUGGAUUGCAUGAUGGAGUGUGUCUCCAGUCCACUAUGAGAUGUGCUUGUAACUGAUAGGAUCAUGUUGUUAAAUCGUAUAUUUUUAAGAUUAAUCGAUGUUUUUAAAAUGUUGAGACCAAAGUAGUAUAGAAGUAUGGACUUAUUUUAAUUUAAUUGUAAAAUUAUUAGAGGUAUUUGUUGUAGAGCUUUAUAUGUUAAAGAGAGGUAUUGGUGCAUAUAAAACAGUAAUAUUAUUGCUAUGCUUGUAUUCUUGCAUUACAGGGUGAGUAAACCCUGAAGAGUUCUUACUUCAGUGUAGCUACAGCUGCAGCAACUUUUAGGGAUGUGUCAACAUUUCUUUACAAGUUAUAGCUUCCCAGUUCAGUGUCUCAGCUGUCUCAGAACCUCCAGCCAAGUUAAAUCUUUUUUGGUGUGGAACUUACUGAGUUGAGUAAGCUAUUUUUUCCUUCAGCAGUAAUCCACAGUCUGUUCUUUGUGUAGGUUGGCACCUAUUCAUCAUUCUUAAAAUAAGGAUGGCUUCGAGGAGCCAAAUACAGGAGUUUUGCUUGCUACCGUUGAGCGUGAGUAGUGAUAGUUUGAUUUGUUCAUGCAGUUCUCACAGUGGAUCCCAGGAUUUUAUGUCUUGACCGUAGAGGAAUUCAGCCAUUCAGUGGCCAGGAUGUACAGCUCUGGUCUAGCAUAGUGAGAAAAUGAAGGAAGUUUUUGUCUUACAAGUGGAUGGUCAUGAAUAAAAUUGGGCACACAGUUAGGUGUAUAUAGUAGGUGUUUGGUUUGUAAGUCAUAAAUCAUCCCCCUGCCCAGUUUCCGUUCAUUUUCUUGGUUGCUCAGAAUGGGUCAACUUAGUAUUUCUCAACCUUAGCUUCAUAUUAGAAAAUGCUACAGAGCUUUACAAGAUAGUAAUGCCAUUCAUUGUCCCGUCCCAUAACAAAUACAUCAGAAUCACUUGUCUUUUUUUUUUUUUUUUUUUAAGUUCUCAGUUGGUUCUAAUAGAUACCCAGGGUUGAGCUCCACUGUUUUUCCCCUCCAUAAAAUGAACUAAUUAUACUGGGCUCUGUUUGAAAGUAUCACAGUAGAAUAAUCCAAUUUGCAGCUAUUCAGUGAUUGAUCAUAUUUCUAGUACUGAUCUUAGGAAUAAAAGGUGCUUGGCAUUCCUUAUUUGGGAGGUAGUUGCAGUCUCCCUUUAAAAAAUAAAUAAAUAAAUAAACCCUAUCACUAGUUUUAAAUGUACACUUACAUGUCAUAUUUCUCUGCCCCCUUUGCCAUUAAAACUUGACAAAAAUAGGUUAUCACUGUUUGAGAACUUACGUUUAAAAAUUGCACAUGGGAAAUACUACCAUUGGUAAUCCCCCCUUGUCUCAAUAUGGCCACUUCAUCCCUUAGUCUAACACUAGGUAAGGUAAUAGCCGUCUAGUUCUCCAGGGUUUGAUUCAGAUAUGCCGGUUUUUAAAAAAUUACUGUCCUCUUCUUCUAAAGUUAAGGUUUUUUUGCACACAUGCUUAAGUAGUUUGGCUCAAGUAACUUUGUUUACAGUUAAAACAGAUACUACAUCGCUUACUAGGAAAUGGUUAUGGCUUGUCCAGAAGGAACGUCAGCAUGACUUGGUGUAGACGUCAAAGAACACACGUCGUGAAUAUUCUCUAAUGUGGAACGGUCACCACAACAGCAAGGACUAGUCACUGUGUUUCCUGAAUAAAUGUAUGUGUGUGAAUUUUCCAACUAUGCCAUCCUUUUUGUCUCCUCUGCCAACAAUCUGGUUUUAGAGUUUUUAUUGUCCCAAACUUAACUAGUAAUGUUUCUUCAGGGGUUGUUACAAUAAUGGUUAUGUAGUGAAAAAUAAAUGACUUGCUUAUUAAUUUUCAAGAACUUUCCAACUAAUUUGUAUAUGGACAUGGUUUUUUAAAUAUUGGCAAACAGUGUGCUUCUACUUUUUUAGUUUGAGAUAAAUAUAAUCCCCAAAAUGAAUGUAAAAUUAACACUUUUUUCAAUAGAUGACUUCAUUUAUUAGUUUAAUUGUGAUUCUAAGACUUAUUUAAAAUAAAUUUGUAUGAGUUA